CUUCACUGGAUUCUCCCCUUUUCCCUCAGCCUCUUCUCUUCUCAGUCUUGAAGAUUGGAAAGAAAUAAUAAAGAAAAGGUUCUUUGUAUAUGUAGUGGAAUUGCAUGUGCCCCGGAAUCACAAAACCCCACCGUCCAUCACAUUACACCUAAUCUCAUCUUCCAUAUAUAAACUCCUCCGUUUUGUGUAUACUCUUAUUCUCUUUUGAAUCAUUUUCAAAUUCCAUCGGUUAUUCUAGGUUAGUUAUAGUGCAAAAAUGGGUGAGGAAGUUAAGCAGGAACAAGCCAAGGCCGAGGAGAAAAAAGAAGAGAAAGUAGAGGAAAAGAAAAAGGAGAAACAAGCUGAAGAAGUGAAAGAGGAGCCUAAGCCACCUUCUCCCCUUGUGUUAUAUGUGAACUUGCAUUGUGUGGGAUGUGCCAAGAAGCUUGAGAAGUCCAUCAUGAAAAUAAGAGGAGUGGAAGGAAUUACGAUAGAUAUGCCUCAAAAUCAAUUGACUAUAAAGGGAAUAGUGGAACCUCAGGCAGUGUGUGAAAAAAUUAUGAAGAAAACAAAGAGAAUAGCAAAAGUUCUGUCUCCAUUGCCAGCAACUGAGGGUGAACCAAUGCCAGAAGUUGUCACUUCACAGGUUAGUGGAUUAACUACUGUGGAGCUUAGCGUAAAUAUGCACUGCGAGGCCUGCGCUGAACAACUUAAGAAGAAGAUACUGAAAAUGAGAGGAGUACGAACGGUCGAGACGGACCUGAGUGCAGAGAAAGUGACUGUUACAGGAACAAUGGACGGAAACAAGCUGGUGGAUUAUGUGUAUAGGCGCACCAAGAAACAGGCAAAGAUUGUGCCACAGCCUGAGCCUGCGCCACAACCUGCACCUCAGCCUGAGCCACAGCCUGAGCAGCCACCGGCAGAAAAGAAAAAAGAAGAGGAAAGUAAGCCAGCUGAGAAGCCAGCAGAAGAAGAAGCUAAGCCAGCUGAAGAGAAAAAGGAAGAGGAAAAGCCAAAAGAAGAAGUUAAAAAAGAAGAAAAGAAAGAAGAGAUCAUUUAUGGCUAUAUCGGAGAAGAAAAUAUGAAGAGAAUGAUGUAUUUAUACCAGCCUGUUUAUGUGAUUGAACACAUCCCACCUCCUCAGCUCUUCAGUGAUGAGAAUCCAAAUGCUUGUACUAUAACCUAGUGUAAUAAAUCAAUAAGCUUUUGCAUUUUAUAGUUAAAAGAAAAAAAAAGUUACUGUAAUAACUAUAAUAAUGUUUUUUUUUAAAUAAAGAAUUUUAUUUGAAUU